UCCUUUCUCUCCUCUCGCUGCUCGCUGGCCGGCACAUGCCCUCCCUGCACUGCCAAAUGCGGCUGAGCGAAAGAGAGCAGUGAAAAAGAUAAAAGGAUUUCUGGAACAGAUAAAAAAACAGACGAGGGGCCGGAAAUCUUAGGAGACGUGGGAUGGAAAAGCAUCCGGGUUCUUUGCUCAUUAACCCUCAUGAGCUGUACUAUCUGAGAACGCAAAAAAGCAGAGACAAGAUGGAGAGGAAGAACAUGGAUGAGCAGAAUCAGUGUCAGAGAAAGUUAAAGGUGUGUGUGGCGACAUGCAACAGAGCGGACUACUCCAAGUUGGCCCCCAUCAUGUUCGGGCUCAAAUCCCACCCUGAUGAGUUUGACCUGGACGUGGUGGUGCUCGGCUCUCAUCUCAUCGAUGAUUACGGAAACACUUUUCGUAUGAUUGAGCAGGAUGACUUUGACAUCAAAUCCAAGCUUCACACCAUUGUGAGAGGAGAGGACGAGGCAGCCAUGGUGGAGAGCGUUGGUCUGGCUCUGGUGAAGCUCCCUGAUGUCCUUCAGAGGCUGCGCCCUGACAUCCUGAUCGUGCAUGGUGACCGCUUCGACGCGCUGGCUCUAGCCACCGCUGCAGCGCUGAUGAACAUUAGAAUACUUCACCUGGAAGGAGGAGAGGUGAGUGGUACGAUUGAUGACUCAAUCCGUCAUUCCAUUAGUAAACUGGCCCAUUAUCACGCGUGCUGCACACGCAUGGCAGAGCAGCACCUCAUCGCCAUGUGUGAGGACCACGCUCGCAUCCUGCUGGCCGGCUGCCCCUCGUAUGACAAGCUGCUGUCCACUCACCGAAGAGACGACUACAUGGAUGUGAUCAGGAGCUGGCUGGGUGACAAAGUGCAGGACCAUGACUACAUUGUGGCUUUGCAGCACCCGGUUACCACCGACAUCCAGCACUCCAUCAAGAUCUAUGGUCUGAUGCUGGACGCUCUGAUCUCCUUCAACAAAAAGACCCUCAUUCUCUUCCCCAACAUCGAUGCUGGGAGUAAAGAGAUGGUGCGUGUGAUGCGAAAGAAGGGCAUCGAGCAGCACCCUAACUUUCGGGCAGUGAAGCACAUUCCCUUCGAGCAGUUCAUCCAGCUGGUGUGUCACGCCGGAUGCAUGAUUGGAAACAGCAGCUGUGGAGUACGAGAGGCCGGGGCCUUUGGCACACCUGUCAUAAACCUGGGCUCACGACAGACUGGCAGAGAAACAGGUGAAAACGUUCUCCAUGUCAGGGAUGCGGACUCUCAGAAUAAGGUCUUUCACGCCCUGGAGCUGCAGUUUGGAAAGAGAUACCCCUGCUCUAAAAUCUACGGAGAUGGUAACGCAGUGCCUCGUAUUCUCAAGUUUCUGCGUACCAUUGACCUGGAUGAGUCCCUCCAGAAGUCUUUCUGCUUCCCUCCUGUGAAAGACUCCAACUCCCAGGACAUCGACCACAUCCUGGAGACACAGGCGGCUCUGGCUGUCGACCUGGGAGGGUCCAACCUCAGAGUGGCUAUCAUCUGCCAGAGGGGUAAGAUCAUAAAGAAGUACUUCCAGCCCAAUCCAAAGACUUAUGAGGACAGGAUGCAGCUCUUAUUAAAAAUAUGUGAGGAUGCCAGGCGGGACGCCGUGGGCCUCAACUGCAGGUUGCUGGGCAUCGGAGUGUCCACAGGCGGACGUGUGAACCCGCAGGAAGGUGUGGUCCUUCAUUCCACAGAGCUGAUCCAGGAGUGGUCCUCUGUGGACCUGAGAACACCCAUCUCUGACGCCCUGCACCUUCCCGUCUGGGUGGACAAUGACGGCAACUGUGCCGCUCUGGCUGAGAGGAAGUUUGGUCACGGGAAGGGAGUGCAGGACUUUGUCACCAUCAUAACAGGAACAGGUGUUGGAGGAGGGAUUAUCCACCAGAACGAGCUGGUCCAUGGCAGUACCUUCUGUGCUGCAGAGCUGGGUCACAUCAUGGUAUCGAUGGACGGCCCUGACUGUCCAUGUGGCAGCAGAGGGUGCAUAGAGUCCUACGCGUCCGGCCUUGCUCUGCAGAAAGAGGCAAAAAGGCUGCACGAUGAGGAGCUGCUGAAGGUGGAGGGGAUGGACAUGAAGAUGGCUGAGCCAAUCACUGCUGCACACCUCAUCAGUGCAGCCAAACUGGGAAACCCUCGAGCUGAGGCUGUUCUCAACAAAGCCUCCACAGCUCUGGGUGUGGGUAUCGUGAACAUCCUCCACAUGCUGAACCCCUCUCUGGUGAUUCUGUCGGGGGUCUUGGCCUCUUACUACCAGGCUCCGGUGCAGAAUGUCAUCUCUGAGAAAGCCCUCAUGUCUGCUCAGAACAUCAAGGUCCUUGUGUCACAACUGGAGGAGCCGGCUUUACUUGGAGCAGCUAGCAUGGUGUUGGACUACGCAACCAGGAGGACAUAUUAAAGAGACCGCUAGGAGAGACUGCUACCGACCAGAUGACUGGAUAACUGAAACUAGUACUGACCAGAUAGAUGCAGAAACACAUCUAAGGGAUAUUUUUUAAGGCUUCAGUGAAAGACAACACAUUAAAACUAUCAUGCCAGUGCCAGGAUUUGAACACAUUUUAAAAGUAUGGAGGUGUGCCAGUUGUUGUAUCUAGCCAGUGAUACAUGUUCUGUGAAGUGGGUCCAAUGCAGGGGCCAGAUAUGCCACCUUUUUUUAUUUUCUAUGCCUCCCAGUGAAGUCGAGCUUGAGAGCAAACAAGCCAAAAUGUCCCCUUGAAGGAAUUGAAUCCUCGCUGCUCUUAAAAUAAUGUCGGAGGAAAAGUCUGUCGUGAUGAAAGCUUGGUUCAUACGUGACCAAAAUAUUUCUGAAACAUUCUCCUGAAGCUUUCUCUCAAUUCUUCUGUUUUUCAUAUCUUUUUUAAAAAGUUUCAAUCUCAGUGGUGGGAUAGGAGUUUCCGUUAUUACGUUACAUUUCCAUGUCAUGUUAGUGAUUAAAUUAUUAAAGGUUCUGGGAGAGAAAAUAAGUGCUGAAGAAAAAAGUUCCUUUUGGUUGUGAAGGCUUUCUAUGAAAUCUGAGGUUAAGGAGUAAAAACGUUUUGCUGGAGGGUGUCAUUGAAAUGAUAAUGGCUGCUACACGAUGACAAGGACCCGGGGCUGAGUGUUCUGUCAGGGUCCAGGUUCAAUUUCUGUUUUUCUUUUGUAUUAUUUUAUUAUUAGUCAUUACCACAGACCUUACAAACUUUGAGACUGAUUUCUAAAGUUUAUUUACGCCUUCUCGAGAUAUUCUGUAUCUCAACAUCUGCUUUCUUUGUAUGUGGUACUCUGUGCCGUAUUGUACAUUACAUGCUUAAUGAUCAUUUUAAAUGGAAUAACUUUUGGUUUCUUUCCAAAUAAAUGAAACUCUUGUUAUAGAUAUG